GAAGAAGAAGAAGAAGAAGUUUGUGUUUGCGUUUGCUCUAGUGGGAAAAAAAGAAACGAGUUCCAGUUUAACAGCUGUAGUUUAGCCCACGUACGUGGGUUGAUUAGUCUCUUUAGUUCAUCCUGUGAAAUCCAGCUUCCAAUAUUCAAUGUAUUGAGUGAAUGAAGAAAAGAGAAAAAGCAAGCAGGAGGAAUUACUCCAGGAUAAACUACGAAAAUACUAUUGUAAAGAUGGAGAUUAAGGAAGAACCCUGCAGAAUAAAAGAUGAAGAGACAGAGGAACAAAUAGACCCGAUAGAAGUGAAUGAAGACAAACAGCAUCAGUUUCAAAAACCUCAUUUUUUCACAAAUGAAGAUGGAAAUGCAGUCAUUUCAAAGACUGAAGAGAAUUUCACACAGAAACAAGCUGGAAAAUCUGGAGUCAAAGGAUCUUUCACCUGUUCUGAGUGUGGAAAGAGUUACAUUUAUAAAUCAUAUCUGAAUAGACACAUGAUGAUUCACACUGGACAAAGGCCUUUUACAUGCACUCAGUGUGGAAAGAGAUUCAUUAACAAAGGAAACUUAAAUGGCCACAUGAGAAUUCACACUGGAGAAAAACCUUUCACAUGCUCUCAGUGUGGAAAGAGUUUCAGUCAGAAAAGCGCUCUCAGCACUCAUCUGCUCCGUCACUCUGGAGUGAGAUCAUUCAGCUGUGAUCAGUGUGAUAAAACAUUUGUUUUUGAAUCAGACUUAAGAAAACACAUUAAUGUUCAUUCUGCUGUGAAGCCUCACUUUUGUUCUGAUUGUGGAAAGAGUUUUUCACGACUUCGAUCUUUAAAACAGCAUGAGCGUCUUCAUACUGGUGUGAGACCUUAUGUGUGCGCUCACUGUGGAAAGACCUUCACUACAUCCUGCAACUUAAUAAAACAUCAGAGAAUUCAUACUGGAGAGAAACUAUACAAGUGUUCACACUGUGGAAAUAGUUUCUCUUGGUUAAGAAGCCUGAAAGAUCAUCAGAGAGUUCAUACUGGAGAGAAACCGUACAAGUGUUCACACUGUGGAAAUAGUUUCUCUUGGUUAAGAAACCUGAAAGAUCAUGAAAGAAUUCAUACUGGACAGAGACCGUACAAGUGUUCACACUGUGAAAAGAGUUUUAUUCGGUCAGGACACCUGAAAGAUCACGAGAGAGUUCAUACUGGAGAGAAACCGCACCAGUGCUCUUCAUGUGGGAAGAGUUUCAGUAAAUUAUCUACUCUUCUGAAACAUAAGAAAAAGCAUUUCCUGAAGAUGUCAGAGUGAGCAAAGUUCACUUCCAAAAUUAGUAAAUAAGCAAAAGAUGGAUUUACAUUUGAGACAGUAAUUUAAUCUAAAAUUAGUAUUGAAGUUUGAUAAGGGGAAAGUGUUGCAUGUUUUAAUCUCAUGAAAGUACGUAUCUAUACAACAAAUGUUAUUUCUCGUGCCAUUUAUACGCCAAAAUAGGUUUUGCGUCUAUAUGAUACACAGUUUUCGCGUCAAUAUACGCACUUUAUGGCGUGUAAUACGGACACAACUCGCUCCUAAAGGGUUUUCCGUGCGUAGCAGAUGAACGGAAAAAAUACAUACUGUAUAUUUUUCGCUUAUAAAUGGCACGAGAAAUUACAUUUGUGGUAUAAAUGCGCACUUUCAUGAGACUGUGUUGCAGACACCCGUAUUGAUCCUCUGUUGUGUUGCACAUGCGCAUUAAACACUGUUUCUGUGUUCUGUAUACAAGAUGAACUGAACAGUAAAGCAACAAUGUGAAAA